GCCAUGACUUUCAGAAGUCUUAGUCUUAUCUGAACGCUAUAAAACUAGUUAACUGGGACGGUUUCUACAGUUACUACCCAGAUAAGCGAAACAAUGCUCCGUCUUUGGGCAUUCAUUGGUCUUGUGGGCAUUGCCCAUUGUGCAACACAAGGUAUGACUAUCAGGUCUAAAUGGAGUGGCGGCUUUGCUGGUACCUUUACUCUAGUUCCAACUACUACCGUUCACGGCUGGACUGCGCAUCUCGCCUGUGAUGCGGCCAUAGAUUCACUAGAGAUCUGGACAGCGGAUAUUGUAUCAAACAGUGCUGACAAAACCGAAUAUGUCCUGAGAAACAAACCCUACGAUGCCGACAUUAACGCGGGAAGUUCUCUGAAUGUCGACAUUGUGGGACGAACACCAGGGAGAGACACCCCGCCAAACUGUCGAGUUUUCAUCGAGGGACAGGGAGGAGAUUCAGGUGGAGGAUCGCAGACCCCGGCCCCCACAAACCCUCCAGCGACACAGCCCCCAUCUGGUGGCGGAGAUUCUCAUACAACACAUGGAAACAACCAUCCAGAAACCGUGACUUCUGGAGCUUCUUGUGGAAGCGCCAAAAGUACAAAGUACAAUUACGGCCAAGCUUUGGGUCUGUCCAUUUUGUUUUAUGAUGCCCAAAGAUCUGGGAAAAUGCCAGCUAACAACCCUAUUCCAUGGAGACACGAUUCUGCCAUGAACGACCAUGGAGACGGAGGGGUGGACCUCACAGGAGGCUGGUAUGACGCUGGAGACCACGUGAAGUUUAACUUGCCUAUGGCUUCCUCGGCCCAUAUACUGGGUUACGGAUUAAACAGAUGGAAGGAUGGUUAUGAAUCUGCAAAUCAGCUCCAGAACAUGUACGACAUGUUGAGAACACCACUGGACUACUUCAUGAAAUGCUGGAGACCAAGUUCUCAGGAAUACUAUGCUCAAGUCGGAAAUGGAGGCACUGACCACGCUUUCUGGGGUCGUCCAGAAGAUAUGAGAAUGUCCAGACCUGCCUAUAAAUGCACAGCCAGUAAUGGCGGAUGUAGUGACGUAGAAGGCAUCACUGCGGCUGCGCUAGCUGUUGGUUCCAUGGCCUUCAAGUCAAAGGAUCCAUCAUACUCCCAGAGAUUGUUGUCUUCUGCUAAGAGCUUGUACCAAUUUGCCAGCACCCACAAAGGUAUCUACAACAAGGGACCUAUCUCAGAUGCCUCAUCAUAUUACGGAUCCACUGGAUACAAAGAUGAGCUGUGCGUGGCCGCCAUGGAACUGUACAAGGCCACCAAGGAACCCAAGUACUUAAAUGACGCCAAGGCCAACUUCGAGGGUAGCGAGACCGCCUGGGCUCUGUCAUGGGACGAUGAGCACGUGUUCUGCCAGCUUCUGUUGUAUGAAGAGACAAAGGAAGCUAAGUACAAGUCUCUAGUGGAUUCCUUUGUGAAGUCCUACAUGCCUGGUGGUUCUGUGGCCCAGACACCGUGUGGUCUGGCCUGGAGGGACCAGUGGGGAUCUCUCAGAUACGCAGGAAACGCAGCUUUUGUGGCCUUGGCUGCCGCUGAGGACGGUAUUGGAGGGGACCAAUUCAAGUCGUGGGCUCUGAGCCAGAUUAACUAUAUACUUGGUGAUAAUAACCAUCACAUGAGCUACGAGAUCGGCUACGGCAGUAACUAUCCCAGACAGCCUCACCACAGAGGAAGUUCUUGUCCCAAUCCCCCAGCUGGUUGUAGCUGGAAUGACUUUAACAACCCCGGACCUAGUCCUCAAUUACUGAAGGGAGCUUUGGUGGGCGGACCCGGAAGAGGCGACGAGUACGCAGACUCCAGGAAAGAUUACACCAAGAACGAGGUCACGUGUGAUUACAAUGCCGGCUUCCAGUCCGCUCUGGCAGCGCUGUCCAGCAUGGCCAAGCGAGGUUGCCUGCCCGACUCACCUCCGGCUAAGUCUGGGAGCAUGCUGUUUUGGCUGUGUCUGGUUUCCUAUGUUACCGUUAUUAGCGGUACGCCACAACCCCUUAUCUCGAGGAACGAGUGGAAUACAGGUAUAGACGGAUACUUUAUAGUUCAGCCCUCACUCCUCGGGAAAGGAUGGGAGGCUACUAUUUCCUGUGACAGGGAUAUAGGUCAACUAGAGAUUUGGUCAGCUGCGGUGGUGUCUGCAACGUCUGGUAAUUCUGUGUUUACUGUCAGAAAUGAAGAACUAUUUCCAGAUGGCAGCACAAAGCCACCAGAGGAAGUAGAGGUCGUGAUAAGGAUGCCCUCGGAUAACAACAAUCCGCGCUGUACCGUUGACACAGCUCCCGCAUUAGGGAUUAGCACAACAGCAAUGCCAGGAUACACCUCCAUCGAACCAGUGGUGGAAUUCAACUAUUCAGAAGCACUCUCCUUGUCGAUUCUAUUUUUUGACGCUCAGAGAUCAGGAAUACUUCCGGCAAAUAACCCGGUGUCUUGGAGAAAUGACUCCGCGGUAGAUGAUCAUGGUGACAAAGGAGAGGAUCUAACUGGCGGGUGGUAUGACGCCGGUGAUCAUAUGAAAUUUAACCUUCCGAUGGCAUCGUCUGCUCAUUUCUUAUCCUGGGGUCUGGAGAGGUGGAAGGAUGCGUAUCAAUCAACAGGCCAGCUAGAAAUGAUGUACGACAUGUUAAAAUGGCCGCUGGACUACUUCCUGAAAUGCUGGAAUCCUACAACCCAAGAAUAUUAUGCACAGAUUGGAAAUGGAAAAGAGGAUCAUAGAUACUGGGGUCGGCCUGAGGAUAUGUCUAAAUUUAGACCAAUGUGGAGGCCCGCCUAUAAAUGUACGGUAAACGACACAUGCAGCGAUGUUGCCGGGGAAACCGCCGCAGCCAUGGCGUCUGGAGCUAUCGUGUUUAAAGACAAAAAUGCAACAUACUCUCAGAAACUGUUGUCAGCUGCAAAGAGUCUGUAUGAUUUCGCCAAAAGAAAACAAGGGAUGUACGGCACAACGGCUGUCCAGGAUGCCAACAAAUAUUACGGAUCCCAUUCUUAUCGCGACGAGCUCUGUACAGCCGCCGUGGAACUCUUCAAGGCUACCCAGAAUUCAUCUUACCUGACAGACGCCAUGACUUUCUUUGAUUCUGGGAUGAGAAGUUGGGCCUUCUCCUGGGACGACAAGAAUGUCCAGUGUGCUCUGAUGUUGUACAAGGCUGUGGGAGACAGACGAUUCAGUGCUCACGUCACAGAUUUCCUCAGGAGUUUUAUGCCAGGGGGUGAUGUGAGGCAGACCCCUUGUGGUCUAGCCUGGAGAACCGGGGACGGACCCCUCAGAUACACGGCUAACGCGGCCUUGGUAGCUUUGAUGGCGGCUGAUGAAGGAAUUGGGGGAGAUGUCUAUAAGAUGUGGGCGAUCAAACAAAUUAACUACAUGUUGGGGGAUAACAAACAAAACUUGAGCUAUCAGAUCGGAUAUGGUGAUAACUAUCCACAGAAACCAUACCAUCGAGCUAGUUCUUGUCCUGAUCCCCCAUCAUCCCCUUGCGGUUGGGACAAUAUUAUUAACCCCGGACCCAGUCCACACAUUUUGAAGGGGGCGCUGGUUGGUGGCCCGGAUGAAAAUGACGUAUACACAGACAAUGAUGUAGCCUGUGACUUCAAUGCCGGAUUUCAAUCUGCCCUAGCUGGUUUGAUUCAUUUACAAAAUAACGGGCUUAUGCCAUCUAUGACUGACCCAACGUUAGUGCACAAAAUAAAGAACUGUGUAAGAUAA